UAUAGGCGGGGUGACGGAGUCCGAAACAGGAGCAGCAGCUACAAGACUCGACUGUGUGCAGACCAACCUCCUCCUGUCAUCACUCCAUCACAGCACGCAGAUAAACUCCAUCAUUUGGACAAGCAUGGAAGAUCUGAUUGCUGGAGUUAAGGAGAUAAUGAAGAACAAUGACGUUACUGCAGCAGCUGCAAAGAUUAAAGAAUAUUUAGAGAAGGAAAGGAAUACCCCACUAAACAUCGCCAUCACAGGAGAAAGUGGUGCUGGUAAAUCCAGCUUUGUUAAUGCCUUCAGAGGUAUAACAGAUGAAGAUGAUGAGAGAGCUGCUCCUACUGGUGUUACAGAAACCACGUCAGAGGUUACAGCGUACCCCCAUCAAAACUAUCCUAAUGUUACUUUAUGGGAUCUUCCUGGAAUCGGCACCACCAAGUUUCCAGCUAAGGAGUACCUGGAGCUUGUUGGAUUUGAGAAGUUUGACUUCUUCAUCAUCAUCUCAGACACUCGCUUCAGAGAAAAUGAUGUCAAACUCGCUCAGGAGAUUCAGAGGAUGGAGAAGAAGUUCUACUUUGUUCGCUCAAAGAUUGACAACGAUAUAAAUGCUGAGAGAAGAAAGAGAGACUUCAGUAAGGAGGGAGUUCUUACAAAAAUCAAGGAAAACUGCAUCCACGGUCUUACACAAUUAGGCAUCAAGUCUCCACAGGUCUUCCUGGUGUCCACCUUUGAGCUCCACCUGUGCGACUUCUAUCUCUUACAUGAGACCUUAGAGAGAGAUCUCGAUGAACUCAAGAAGUAUGCUCUUCUUUCAGCCAUGCCCAACAUUGACCUGGAAAUCAUCAGUAAGAAGAAAGAAGCUUUCAAACACAGAAUACCUCUCUUUGCCACUCUGUGUGCAGCUGGAGCAGCUGUUCCAUUUCCCGGACUUUCUAGUGAUACUGAUUUAGCAGUGCUGGCUGUUGCUGUCAAAGAUUAUGUACUCGGGUUUGGUCUUGAUAUCCCGUCUCUGAAGAGACUUUCCAGUAGCACAGGUGUGCCUUACAAUGAUCUAUGUGCUGUCAUCAAUUCACCCCUGGCUGCAGCAGAAAUAACCUCAGAGCUCCUCCUGAAGGUGAUAAUAGCCCAAUCUAGUGACACAACUGAAUUAACGACAGCUGAGGAAGUAUUCACAUUGAUCCCAAUAAUUGGAAUGCCAGUAGCCAUGGGCAUCUCUUUCACAAGAAUCUACAAGUUUCUGAAUGUUAACCUCAGCCAGCUCACUGAAGAUGCUCGGAGAGUCUUUCGUAGGGCUGUGGGUAUCAACACAUCAGUGUGAUAUUGUAAAGUUUAAAAUAAUCAUUCACUCAUUUAGUGAAAAAGUUAAAACUGCAGUGUAGGCAAACAAGCUUUUUUCCUUUAUAAUUACUAUAAAUAAAAAUAAAUAAUCCAAAUCAUAAUAGCUGCACAUUUGAACCAGUAUCCUUGUACAGCUGAUCAGUGUGUCUGAGGCCUCAGCAGGUCUCAUCUCCUCUGAUAGAUCAGAAACAGAGUAACUUCUCCCACCGUCACACACUCAAACUUUCCUCUUCAUCACAUCGAUACAGGAACAAAUGUGUUCUUAUUAUUAAGAUAUGAACUGUGUACAAUCUAGAAAAACAGAUUUGUUUUAACUUGUAAAUUAUUUCAUUGUCAAUGUUAAAACUUUGGUUUUCUGUU